AUGUUCUUCCUCUUGUUUAGUGCUCUUGCAUGCUACGUUGCCGUGGUUCGAUAUUAUCGCUUCCAAUGUAUCAAUGAGAUACGAAGAAAAUACCCUGAUCCAGACGUUGUGCUUAAAGAUGGCAAGGUCGCUCAAGAAAUUUACUGCCAUACCUUUCGCAAAGAGUUCCCAUUGAUAUCCCGAGAAUCGAUCGAAUUUGCACUCUUUAAAACGUUUACAGUGCCUACGGUCAGCAAAAUCCUGAUAGGCACACGGGAAUUUGAAAAGGCCCCAUUACGUCGUGCUGAGGACACUGAAUUGAUUCUUUCAGAGAUCAUUGAUGUGUAUCCUCGUAUCCAAAACGAGCUAAUGGAUCACCGACCUGUGGAUAGCCGUGAUGAAGUUGAGCAACAUCAACGUGCUGAGACAUCCAUUCAUCGUCUCAAUGAACUCCAUGGCAAAUACCCAAUCCUCAAUGAUGAUUACUUGUUUACCUUGGCACUCUUUGUGGGUGAGCCCAUUCGGUGGAUCAAUGCAUUCGAAUGGCGAGAGCUGGAUAUUCGAGAGAUCAACGCUUUUUUCAAGGUUUGGUAUGAUAUUGGUUUGAAAAUGAAUAUCAAGGACAUCCCGGAUACGCUCCAAGGACUCAUGGAUUGCAAAAAACAAUACGAACAAAAAGCUGUACGCUAUUCACCUUGCAACUGGAAGGUGGCCACGCCUACUUUGGAUCUGCUAUACAGCCGUGUACCUGGAUUUAUGAAACCUCUCAUUCGUGCCACAGUCCCUGUAUUGCUUGAAGAGUUGGAUCGUCACGCAUUUGGUAUUGAGGAACCUAGUUGGAUCAUUGGAAAGCUGUUUUUCACCGUUGUACGGUUGCGAGCCUUUUUCAUACGGCAUUUGAUGCUGCCACGACGCAAGUUUUGGACACGUACCCCAUGGAAAGCAGAUGAUAAGACGGGAAAGUACAUGCCUACCUUUUGCAUUUAUGGUACAGUUUAUCCAGAUGGGUAUGUGAUCCCUGAGCUUGGCCCUGAAAAGUUUGCUCCAAAGUGCCCUGUCAUGCAUUCGUAG